GUCUUCCCAUGAGGAAGCAGAGCCUGAGGACCCUGGGUCGGACUCUCCAAUCUCUGGUGCCGAGGUCACUGAGGUGGUUAAAAAGCUCCUCGGUGGCAGGGCGCCGGGGGUGGAUGAGAUUCACCCGGAGUUCCUUAAGGCUCUGGAUGUUGUAAAGUUGUGUUGAUUGAUGUGACUCUACAAUAUUGCGUAGACAUCGGGGGCAGUUCCUCUGGAUUGGCAGACCAGGGUGGUGGUCCCCCUAUUUAAAAAGGAGGACCGCAGAAGGCGUUUAUGCACUGCAGGGCCGGCCCCGGCCCGAGUUCUAACCCAGGUUUGGCGGUUGUGCAUAAGCAAAGUAGAGCCGGAUCCAGCCCGAGUUUUGGAACCUGGCCAGGYGAGRUUCUAUUCAGGCYGGCCUGAURGGCCCAGUUUGAUGUCAUGWACAGCUGMUCAUUUGAUUGGUUUGUUAGCAGCAGGGGCGGGACAGCAGUUAGUCAUCAGCGCGACUAUAUUCGGACCGCAGCCAUUUUACUUUUUSUGUUGAGCCUGGUCAUAACUUGCUGACAAUGUCUUCAUCCCAAGCCCCCGUUGCGUGGUCUAAYGAUGAGGUUAGCUUUUUCCUGAACUACUUGGCGGAUGAGCAUGUCCAGAAGGAGCUGGAUAGCAGCACACGAAACGUGAAAGUGUUCAAGCGUGCGUCGGAGGAAAUGGUGGCAACCGGCUUCACCCGUACAUCUAAMCAAUGUCGGGAGAAGCUGAAAAAAUUAAAGUCUGACUACCGGUCAAUAAAAGACCACAACGGCAAGAGUGGACGAGGGCGGAAGGAUUGGCGGUGCUUUGAUACAAUGGACCAGGUUUUUGGCCAGCGGCCCUCCAGCAACGCAAGAGGAACUGUGCUGGACUCUGCCUCUCACUUGCUGCAGAGUAUGAUGGAAGAUGAGUCUUCAACCUCGUCAGACACUUCUGAGUCAGCUUCAGCCGCAUCAAGCAUGGAGGAACAACCAGGACCAUCGUGUCGUCCAUCUCCGCCGGCCACACCUGCAUCCACACCAGCGAGGCCCACAACUCCGCACCCCGCGGCGUGUGCCACCCCUGCUCAGCAAGGUACUCGUUUUGGUCGGCGUAAACGGAGUACAGCAUACACGGACUUCAUCCUGGCCAUGCAACAAGAGGCGCAGGAUGACAGAAGCCAGCGAGACCGGCAUGUCGAUUUGCUCAUGGAAGAACUGGAACAGGAACUGGAGUUGGCGAGGGCAGAUUUGGAGGCAGCGAGGGCAGAAUCUGAGGCCAUGAGAAUGAUGGCACAGCAGCAAGAACGCAUAGCAGAUUCAUUGGGAAAGUUGGUGGAUGUGCUGGCUUCCAGAAUGUAAACUCCGCAGUUGUACUUCCAUUUGCAGUAUUGCUUUAUUUGUUUAAAUUCAGUGCAAUAUUUUCUACCUCAUUGUUUUUUGACAUUAACAGUSCCACAUUCUAUUACUUUAUUAUUUUAUUUAACCUGUGUGCAGCAUUUUCUAGUAAAAAUUCUACGAGUGCAAAUUGUUUUAAAGUGAUCUGUGUGCAAUAGUUCUUACAUUAUAGUAUCGAAGUGUAAUAAAACUGUUUUUUUUUUACCACACUACUGCCUUUCUUUGAUGUGAUACAUGACUGUGAGACAAAGAUUAUGAAAUUAACAUCAAAGGUUGUAUGAAAGCACCUCCAAAUGAUACUUGACUUAAUUUUAAACAACAAGUAUCUUGUCAUGAAAUUACUUUGGUAAAAGUCUUCCUUAAGAAUAUUACCUGUGUAAAAGUUAAAGUACCUGAUUAAUUUUUAACUCAAAUAUGAAAAGUAAAUUUCUGACAAAACGUACUUACCGGUAAGUAUUAAAAGUAUUAAGUUAAAAUGAGUUAAAUUUACAGAAAUUACAUUUAGUGGGUGGUGAUCUCUCCAAACCAAAAAUAUUUUUGCUGGAGGUGUGCAGCUGUAAUGUAUUGUGUAGAAAGUACAGCUAAUAGUGUAACAAUGUAUGAAGCAGAAGUAAGAAGUAUGCUUAAUAAUCAGGAUUYAAGUAAAGUACAGAUAACAAAAACUUUAUGUAAGUACACUAACAAAUUAUUGGUACUCAGUUACUUUUUAACACUGGGUUUUACCUCACACUCUGAAAGACCAGGUGACAGCUGGAAUAAGAAGAAAAUCUAUCAGUUACUGAAUAAAAAGGGUGCAGAAAGAAAUAAAAAAAUUAAAUAUAUCCCUUCUUUAAAAACAACUUCAAACAACUUGAACUUGAACAAUCUUACUAUUUGAGAUAAGAAAACCAAAAUUUUUUUUGAAAACAAGAACAAAAUAUAAGCAAGCAGGUGAUAGCACUUCCUACUGAAUUUAUACAGCUGUUUUUGCAAAAAUAGGAUUUGUUAUUGCUGGAAUAAACCUAACAUGUUAACAUAGCAUAACAUAAYCCAAACAUAUUCAUAAUAUGAAACAUGCGACACAAAAUGUAAAUGCUGUCAUGUC